GAUAGGGUGGCGUUAAAAGAUAUUCUCGGGUACAUAAAUUCGCUCUAUUAUUUUGUCUCGUUGUAAAAAUCAAACAGUGAAAUUGUUUGUGACAGUUUGAAAACUAACAAGAUGAUUAUAUCAGCCCAGGGAGAUUACAAGACGCGGUAACAGUAAUGCAUGUGGCUCUAAUUUGGGUGGACAGGAAGAGCUUUUUUUAGACCACGAAAUCUAUUUUCGUUCAAGUAUGUCGUACCUAUAUAUAGUGCGCCCGUGAAUGUGUGGUGGUUUUUGAAACGUGUGCGUUAAUUCUAAAAAUAUUCAACCUCCGUAUUUGCGUAAAAAAAAUCAUCGAGCGACACAAGGCUGAAAAUUGGAUGAUACUCUCAUUCGGAAGUACCCACUCUGCUUCCGCAUAGAAUCGGUUAAAUUGAUAUGAGAAAAAAAUUGAUGAAAAGCUGACUCCAGAAGAACGAAACGGGGGUGGCGGCGGUGCGAGAGCAUCGGAUGAAACGGAGAGAUACUAGUACGUAGUGACAACGAAGAAUUGAGUAGAGUUGCGAGUCGAGUCAAGCGACCCUCGAAAGAGUGCUCCAGAAGGACCCUCGUUUCGUAAACUUUAUAAUCUAAGUGUAUACCUGGAGCUGGCGAGGAGGGCAAAAUAUCAGAUAUGAAAAGGGGAAGAAUUAAAAGCAGAGAGAAGUAAUACAAUUUAAUGACGAUUACAUCGCGAUUAUACCAACCCAGGACAGCGUUUAUCUGGUCCUUUUGAUGCGGGGAAAUGAUACAAGAUCUCACGGUAAAAUCGGGGUGAAAAAAAGAUAUAUGUUUUUUAGAACGUGUCAAAAGACUUGAAAAAAAGUGCAACUUGGCAGCAGCAGCAUAGUCACUUAUUAGGUGACCUAGAUAACAAAAGACCAGUGGGCGAAUAUUGCACUGCUUGUAAAAAAAUGACGAAUUAAAAAACGAAAAUGAAAAAAAAAAAAUCAAAUGUAAUAAAAAUAAUGAAUAAAAAAUAUACGUCUUCUUCGUAGUAUAUGAUGGAAAAGGAACACUGGUGUGUAUUAGAACAUAAUAGGCGGCACUUUCGCUUUGACUGUCCUUUUCUUUCUUCGCUGUUCGGCCUGCUGCUUCUUCAUUGAUCGGCUUUGAGGAUUUUUAUCUGCUAGUAUAAUUCGAUAAAAAUGGAGGAGGGUUGUCACUCCCCGUUUCCGUCAUUACUGUCGAGGAACGUCACUUAGUGGACGCCACGCAAUGAGAGUUUCAGCGGUAGCUGUUGUUGGUGGUGGUCGAAACAGUCGUGGAACAUUGGUGAGAACCCUUGCUCUAGUAUUCUUGGCGACAUUUCUAUGGUUACAAUUCCACGUAGCAAGUUUGACGAGUCGCUAUGGUAGUUCAACAUCGGCGAACGAAAGUCUGCUGAAUUUGGUACCUCAAGAAUUGCACAGGUUUUUGAAGGACAGACGGAAUGCUACAAACGGAACCAACAUCACCGCCGGGACUAUGGCCAAUAUCACUAUAUCCGACCUGCGGCGGUACAUAGAGAAGGCUAAUUUGGAGCAACGUGUUUAUAAUGAAGAAACUUUUGGACCUCUUGCACCGGACGCUCCAGUCAUCGUGGUCCAAGUUCACACGAGGCUAACUUAUUUGAGACAUUUGAUCGUCUCUUUAGCUCAGGCUAAAGGGAUCGAACAAACUCUUCUUGUGUUCAGCCACGACGUUUGGGAUCCCGAUAUAAAUUACCUUGUAAAAAGCGUUGACUUUUGCAGAGUUAUGCAAAUUUUUUAUCCGUACAGUAUACAAACACAUCCAAACACAUUCCCUGGAGAGGAUCCAAACGAUUGUCCACGUAAUAUUAAAAAGGAUAGUGCGAUAAUAAAGAAAUGUAUAAACGCGGAACAUCCUGAUCUGUACGGGCACUACAGAGAGGCAAAAUUCACGCAGACGAAACAUCACUGGUGGUGGAAAGCUAAUCAAGUUUUUGACCAGCUUACCGUUACGAACAAUCACGUCGGUAUGGUACUUUUUCUCGAGGAGGAUCACUAUGUCGCGGAAGAUUUUCUUCACGUGUUAAGGCUUAUGGAAAGAACGUGCAAACAUAGCUGUGGACGUUGCAACAUUUUAUCGCUCGGUACUUACCUCAAGACGUAUAAUUAUUAUGCCGAUAAUAACAAGAAGUUUCUUGGUGUCAAUGGUGUACUGCAAAAGGAAAUACUUCGCGGAUUAAAGAGACACAAUGCAGGACUCGUUCAGGGUGGCUUUUCCACCUAUCAGGGUUCGCAAAUGGCGCAAGUUGCCCCUGCUUGGGCAUUUCAACUUUUGCCCAACCUCUACAAUCAUUAUCAGAAGGCUGAAGUUACGCCUUGGAUAUCGAGUAAACACAACAUGGGAAUGGCGUUUAAUCGCGUUACUUGGAACGAGCUGAGAAAAUGCGCGGAGAAAUUUUGUUCCUACGACGAUUACAACUGGGAUUGGAGUCUUCAACAUGUUGCUCAGGGUUGCAUACCUCCUAGUAAAGGUUCCGGAGGGAUUCCUCAUGUACAAUCUGGUCUCAUAGCGAUGGUGAUGAAGGCGCCAAGGGUAUUCCACAUCGGAGAAUGCGGUGUUCAUCAUAAAAAAAAUAAUUGCGAAUCCAUGGCUGUUAUUGCAAAGGUACAAAGUGUUUUAAAAACUGCAAAGAAGCACCUGUUUCCGUCACAAUUGACGCUCGUAAACGCUGCUGUUGCUAAGAAAACAAAAUUAAGAAAAGGUAACGGGGGAUGGGGUGAUAUAAGGGACCAUCAGCUGUGUUUAAAUAUCACCGUUAACCCUGAGUUGCGAUUAGCAUAAUUAUCAGGCAAAUAAUCGAUGUAGUCGAUUGGAGUUUUACCCAGUUACACAAGUGAGCGCAUAUUACACUCGUUAUGUACAGAAGAUGCGUCGGUCGUACGCCAAAAAAACUUCUAUGACGAGUCUCGCGAUUUACUAGGUAAACGAUUUCGCGUUGUUGUAUGAUAAUUACCUACAUGAAAAAGACUUCGGUUCUAUUGUGGACUCAGAAUCCCUGGAGGGUGCUGAUAUCACGUUAAUAAUAAUGUUACGUCAAAAUUAGGUCCACUAAUUUAUAAACAAACGAAUUAAAAAUAAAAUACGUUGUACUAUAGUAGUUAUACCGACUGUAUGGAAUUGUAAAUUGUAACUAUCGGACAGUAUAAUUGAGAUAUACAUAUAAACAUUGCAAGUAGUUGUGUGCUGAGCCUAAUGUUAUAGUUACGACGAAUUAAUUGCAUCUCUGAAAAACUAAUCGCUGGGCGAUUAUUAUAAUUAUUAAGAGAUCACUAUGUGCUAGCUGAUGCGCCAAAGGAAAAGACAUAUUUGCUACUACAGAAAAAAAAAGAAUAUUAUAUAUAGAGAAUCAUAACUAAUAUAAAUGUUUUAAUAUAAUCGAUUAAAUAUGCUCAAAAUAACGAUGUCGAAUACAUUACUAAUUAAUUAAUCUUCUCAUUGUUUUAUUCGACAACGAAAAUGUUCCACCUGAACAAUUUGAACGAUAAAUAAUAAUUGUUUGGAUUGGCUCUACCAUAGGUACGCUCAAGUUGUAAAGUUUAUAAAUUCCAGUGACCUCAAAAGAAAAAGUUAAUAAUAAGAACGGUAGUGAUGGUGAUGAUGAUGAUACAAACGUAGUUAGGUUACGCGAAUGAAGUAGAAUCCGCGGAUAUUAGUUAUUUGUACAAUAGUUAGCACACUAGCGUGAUUUUUAAUUGUUAUUAUGAUUGUUACUACCUGUAGGUAUAAAUUAUCGUAUAAGGAGGUUUGUUCUGGUACUGCGAGAAAAUCAGAAUCAGGCACUAAAUUGAGUUAACAAUAUGGUCACAAUUGUAGAAUAAUACAUGCGAGCGAUAUACAUGUAUUGCGAAUUUUAUAAAGUUAGAUUUUUAUUACAAGGAACACGAAUGUUCAUAGCAUAUCCAUACCAUUAAUGUUGGAUAACAGACGACUUGUUUAUUCAUAAUUUUAUUUGAAUUAAUUAUUUCCCUUUAGCGCUGUGAUUUUUUUUAGGACAUCCCUCGGGAUAUCCAUACAUAGGACUAGCAAUUAUUCUGCUGUACAAUUCUCAUUAUUAUUUCUUGAUUCGAUAAAAUUGCAUCACGAUAAAAUGUUUGUACUUACUACUGAUAAUUACAUAAUACAAGUUUUUCAAUAUUUUUGAUUUGAGGACUUGUGAAACUAAUUCAAGCGCAGUUGAUUGAUCCUCACCCGAUUAUUGAGUAGUAGUAUAAUUGCCGGACUAGAUAUUCUGAUUAGUUUGGAAUACGUUCUUCUUUUAUUACAUAAAAAAAAAAUUAUUAUUUAUGUAGGGAAUUGAAGGUGAUUAGAGUAUACUUGAGGAUGUAGUUUAUAGUAAUGCCCAAUAUAUAUCAUAUAUGUAUUUAUAUUUUCCAGUUUGAAGCUUAAUUCAUUCAUACAGUUUUCUUUUUUUCUUACGACAUAUUAUCCUGUCAGAAAAAAAAUCACGUUCAUUCAUCUCGCAAAAAUACCCGUUCACCCUGCCCAAUUACACCCGUGUCUUUCAUAUCUAUCUCCAUUCGUAUCUCUCGUUCUCAUUCUUUUCCUUUCAUUCAUGACGCUAAAAUUAAUUUAUUUAUUUAAUUUUUUACACACUUGACAAUAUGUGGUAAACUAUCGCUGUUUACUCUUAAAUGAAAAAAUAAAAACGCACAUUGUAUAACUCUAGUCAUUGUUAUAAUAAUAUUAUGUAUUAUAAUAAUAUUUGAUAUUGGAAUACAACAUAUAUACAUAUAUAUUACAUGAUUACUGGAGCCUAAAAAAUUGCAAAGAAUGAAUUAUAUUCAAAACAAUUACUUUUCCGCUGAAUAAAUGAUGUCUUGAGCUGCAUAACUA